AUGCGUUCGUCUCUGAUUGCGUCUCUGCUGUCGGCAGUCAGUGUCGUCUAUGGCUAUGCCAGCCCCAUGGCCUGCACCGGUGUUUGCAACAACGCCCAUGACCCUGCCCUCAUCCGCCACUCUGACGGCACCUACUACCGAUUCUCAACUGGAGGCAAGAUUGCUAUUCACACUGCUCCUACUGUCACUGGCCCUUGGACUUACAAGGGUGCCGUCGUUCCUGCUGGAUCUAAGAUCAAUUUGAAGGGCAAAGAUGAUCUCUGGGCCCCUGAUGUUACCCUGGUUGGGGAUACAUACUACCUCUACUAUACCGUCUCUUCCUUCGGUGUCCAAGAUUCUGCCAUCGGCGUAGCCACAUCAAAGACGCUAAAAGUGGGGUCGUGGACUGAUCAUGGAAGCACUGGCAUCACUUCUAAGGCCGGCAAGAACUACAACGCCAUCGACAGUGCUCUUUACUGGGACGGCUCUAAGUUCGUUACGUCAUUCGGUUCCUUCUGGAAUGACCUGUUCUCUGUGAACAUGAACAAUCCCCCCUUGAAGACCGCUGGUGGAGCGUCCGCCAACAUCGCCUUCAAGCCUGAAGGUGAGCACGCUCAGGAAGCCCCUUUCAUCACCAAGAACGGCAACUACCACUACCUCUUCUUCUCUGCGGGCAAGUGUUGUGGCUUCGACACGAACCGCCCGGCAAAGGGUGCUGAAUACAAGAUUCAGGUCUGCAGGUCGACCAGUGCUACUGGUGGUUUCGUGGACAAGUCUGGCAAAAAGUGCAUUGAAGGAGGUGGUACCACCGUGCUUGAGUCCCAUGGAUGGGUUUAUGGUCCGGGUGGGCAGGGAGUUUACUGGGACCCCAAAGAAGGCCCUCUCCUCUAUUACCAUUAUGUCGAUACGCGCAUUGGCUACGGCGAUGGCCAAAAGAAGUUUGGUAUCAACAAGAUCGACUGGUCGAGCGGCUGGCCUGUUGUCUAG